AUGCCACCGGCGAUAGACAGGCUUCUCGCCAGCCCGUCUGCCCUGCGAAUCCUGCGCUCCAUUGUCAAUGCUGCCGAAUUUCCUGCGGCGUGUGCUACUACGACAGCCACCGCCUGCUGCACGAGCGCUAUUUCGACGCGUUGCGAAUACUCGACUCAUAAGAAGGCUUCGUCCAAGCAGAAGUGGCGGCGAUGGCAUGAGAAGGCUGGCGAGAUUGUGGAGAGGGAUCAAGUUCGCCGCUUUCUUGAGGCAGAGUCCCAUUCUUUGGAGGAUGACUCUUCAGUCCUACCGCAUGGCAAGGGCGACGAUGCCGCUUGGGCGAACGCUCUGGCGCAAGUGGAAAGGCUGAAGGGGAUGACCGGUGUUGAGUCUCUCUGGUACGAAUGCCAGCUAAGAGGAUAUCGACUGCCUACUAAAUCUUCGCCCGACGCCGAAUAUCUUUGGAGCACUUUCAGCAAACAUCCAAGACUUGUGCAUCACGUCAUAGAUCACGCGGCCGCCGCGCUCAAGGAGACGGAUACAACCUACCCGCGCCUCUACCAUGUGGUCAUGGGCUACUGGCUUCCUAGGAAGCCCAAAGCCGCCUUGGAAUUGCACCACCGCAUGUUGGUCACUUUGCGUCUGAGACGAAUCCCUCUGCGCGAAAUGGCACGUGCAGGACAGGCCACGUUCGCUCCUAAUGUAUACGAAGUGUUGCUGGACAUGUAUCGGAACAGUAACGAGCGGGAUUUAUACGACGUAGUUGUGCCAACGCUCAUUGAGAAAGGACAUUUUACAAUGGCACGCAGAUGGCACUCACUUUGCACGUUUCGAAAUGACCUACCAUCUGAGGCUGUCAUGACCAAUCCCGUCAUUCAGAUCUUCACGGCUGAAGCAUCUGCCCUAUCCAACGCCGAACCACAUUUCAAUGGCGGAGGCACGUCGAUGAGCACAAACCAAGCCAAAGUAGAGCAUCGCAGAUAUAAUCAGGACCUGAUGCGGAGAUUGCUGGGCCGCGACACUGCGCCUGUAAGAUUUGAGGACAGCUUCUGCGCUCGAAUGUUUGCGACUAGGACUUUUCCACCCGCUUCUAUUAUACAGGGGCUUGCAAUGGUGGGCGUCAACGAGAUUGGACCACAGGCAGUGCUGGCCAUGGCAGCACGAACACAGCCCAUGGAAGAACUCCCACAGCGGUUUGAGGAAUUGAGAGCAGUUGGUAUCGCACUGCAAGGCUGUGUGUUUUCUCUAGCUCUGGAGAAAUUCGCCAAGGAGCAGAAAUGGCAAUUGGUGCGGAGCAUGCUCGAGAGCGACCAACAUCCGGAUGUUUUUGGCGACGCCGACGUGCAGCGGAAGCUCCUGCACUUCUACCUUGAUCGGGAAGACUAUGUCCAAGUGCAGCGUACACUUGCAAUCUUGACACUCUUUCACAGUGACCCAAGUACCGAGUCUUGGAACCUACUUCUGCAGCUCCACAUAGAGCGCUCUGAACUACAACAAUUCUUCAGAACACUCCAAGAAAUGCGUGUCCAUGGCAUUAUGGUGACACAUGAAUCCAUUCUCGCCAUCAAAGGUCUGUUGAGACGAAGACAACGUGGCCGUAGACCUGUUGCAUCAAAUUACUACCGCUUCGAUGAACUUCGCUUCAUAGCUCGCAUUUACAUUAGCAUUCUUGAGUCUGGUACGGGCGUCAUCUCUCCCACCAUGUGGCAUGAGAUCUUCAGGCGUUUCGGCAUGCUUGGACGCUUCCGUGAGCUUCGACGACUCCUGUACCGGUUACUAUGCUGGUACGCUCCAAGAAGCAAGGCCCAAUUCAUGCAUCUCCCUAAAUCGCCAUUUCUCGACGCAGCAUCCGCGAAGCUGCGCGCCGCUCAUCCAGAGCGCAAACUCUACUUCAACUUUCCUGCGCAAUAUUCACAAGAACUUGCCGUAAAACAUCCUAUACGCCAGUUGCUCCCGCAGCCACUACUGCAAGGCCUCAUCGUGUGGGGUUUCCGUGCUGGAAUUCUGCCCAACGCUCACUGGGAGCAGUCGUUGUUUAAUUCAACAUUGGCCAAAAAGCACUACAGAAAGCGCCUUAUUCGUAGUCACGGUCUCAAGCGUUUAGACUGGAGUGUCGGGCUGCGCACCGUCGUUCAGCUCCGUGAUCUGGGCGUCCACGUGCACCGCCGUACUGUGCUCAAGGCGCUCCAAGCCCAAUUUCUAAAUCUUUUUGGCACGGGCAGGAGUUCCAAAACACAGAAUCGCAUCAUGGAGACGACGAAUACGAAGCCGUAUAGUGCGUAUGUUGAGGAAGUCAACGAGAUAUGGGGGAGCACGUUGAUAGUGGAACCGCAGAAGAUAGGCGAGAUGGUGGGUAAAGCGGUGUGGCAUCCUCGGUUGAGGAGGAGGAUGAAUCACCGAUCGCAGGGGAGUUCUACAUUGCGAGCAGGAAGAAACAAGCAGACAGGUGCUGGGGUUGGAGAGCAUGACAAUAUUUCUUUGAAGGAGCUUCAGCAGGGAGUAGCGGAGCGCACGGAGGUCCAGGUAUCAAAUUCCUCGGAGAACAUUACGUCUGAGGUGACACGCAGUACUAGUACAGAUGAUGCGAGGAGCUAA